GUCAACGCCAGUGGCUCGCAGGUCGACCAAUGGGAGAAGACGUUGGAGGUGUCCGGCCAAAUGCAGCUUCCGGAGCUGCCGUGAGCGUGGCUGCGGUCCGCAGAGAGCGUGAUUCUGGCCGCUGGGCUCGUGGGUUUGGCUGUCUCGGCUCAGUUGUGGCAAGUCGCGAUGUUUUUCUCCCAGGCCGGGGCUCGGCCGCGGACAUGGGAAGCCACCCCUUCAGAACGCAAGAAAUGGGUAGAAGUAGGUGUUCAGAGGUAUUUAAAGCAUGUGAUGAAGAUAACAAAGGCUAUCUAAGCAGAGAGGACUUUAAAGUUGCUGUUGUGACGCUGUUUGGGUACAAGCCCUCCAAGAUAGAAGCCAAUUCUGUGAUGUCUUCAAUAAAUCCAAACACUUCCGGUAUAUUACUAGGGGAGUUUUUAAAUAUUGUAAGGAAAAAGAAGGAAGCUCAACUAUAUCGGAAUGAAAUAAGACACAUCUUCACAGCUUUUGACAGGCACUAUCGUGGAUAUUUAACUUUGGAAGAUUUCCAAAAAGCAUUUAAGCGAGUGGCUCCCAAGUUACCAGAAAGGAUUAUUCUCGAGGUAUUCAGAUCUACAAAUCUUCAUGAGGCGUCUCUGACAGCCAUUGAAACCAAGUGUGUAUUAAAACAAACUGAACUUUAAAUUGCUCAGUCGCAAAGGAUUAAACCAACAUGUUCCGAAAUAAGAAAGUCUAUCAAAUCACGGUGUUCUUGUUAAAUAUUAUUAAUUAUUUCUAGUGAUGGCAAAAGUCAUUUGCCAUUAACAAGUAAAAUAUUUGUCUUUGAUUCUUUAGAAAUUUCUGUUCUAUUUUAUAAUGUACAUAGUAUGUUAGUAUAGUACCACAUGUGCAUAUAAUCUAUAAAUAAAGAUAUUCAUAUGCCCACCAAUCUUGCACUUCCCAGGACUGUGUGAUCAAAACAGUUGGGAGACCACUGCAGUAUGCAGCCAAAUCAGGCAUUUUAGUUAAUUAAACCCACCCUGUUUAAACUUUCAUUUGUAUUAUUACUUAUAGCACCACAAUCCCUAAACCAGGAUAAAUGAUGCAUAGGUAUUAAAUGAAGUUAUGAAACCAAAAAAGGAGAGAAAAAUAUUUCCUCUGAGUGUAAAUUGAAGCAGGCUGAAGAAACAGAGAUGUCUAACUUCCACACAUCUCCGAUUCUGUGGUGCAAACAAUUUUCAAGAAUGAGGAAAAGAAAAUCAGGUGCUGAGGAUGUUAAGUGAUGCAGAAUUACAUAACAUUUCCAAGGUCAGACACUCACUUUUUGAGAAGCUUGAGUAACAUUUGACUUAAUUGAGAGUGUGAGUGGAGUUCAUGACCCAGGUCCACAGUGACCCAGGGGAGAGCUGGUGUUUGAAGACCACCCUAAGAACACAGCUAGAGGGGGAGACUUCUCAUUCAACCAGAGUCAUCUGUGGUUGAACAAAUGAAGAAGUUUUCAUAAUCUUCAAUUCUGUGCCUGCCAGAUUCUUCCCCAAGAAACUUCUGGAGAUCGAGAGUAGUUGCUUUCAGCACUUGCCCAUGUUACACUUUCAUUUACAAGCCAACCACAACAAUAAAACCAACCAAACAACCAAAACAAACAAUCCAACAAGAAAGACUUGGGGCAGAAGGCAUCAAUAAAAUCAUCUCAUUUUAGAACAUGAUGGAAACACUGGUGUAUCAUUCAUUAAAUCUGAGGGCAUUACAAGAACUAAAUGAGAUAUAUUUAUAAGGUUUGUGAAUUGUUGCCUAACUACCCUGGCGAUGUUUACUGUACUGAUUUUAUGGUGAAUAAAAGCAGUGUGGUUUUUAAAAAUAUAUGUUGUCAGGGUUUAUAACAUUCACAUUUUGUCCUGCAAUCAUAAUGUCGCUGGUUUUAGUCUUAGUUCUCCAGUUAUAUGGAUUCAAAGCUCACCUCCAGACCUCAUGCCAUAGUUUCUACUGAGCUUAAGUUUAUCCUUGGCAGGGGUCAUAAGAAUUACUCCCUGGUGUCUUUCAAGUUCAGAAAUGUUUAUCUGGGCCAUUGUCCUUGAAUAAAAGCUUAUGAUGGGUUGAAUGUUAACAUUUUCAAGUCCCUUUCUUUUUCUUUGAGAAUGCUGGUUAUGCUUAUGUUGGAAGUCCUUUUAAAUUUUUUGUUAAUUUCUAUUUCAUUUGCUUACUUUGCUCAUGUCUCUUAGUAUGUUUUCAGCAAUGUCUGUUCUCCUUUGUGCUACAUCCAGUGUGGCUUUUUUUUUUUCCUGUCAUGGUUUUAGUUUCCUCUUACAUUUCUUUCUUGAGCUACAUCUGCUGCUGUUUCAUUUCCUCUUGUAAUUUUGCUGUAAUAUGUUAUUUUAUAGUGUCUCCCCUAAGCCUUUCUAUAUAUGCUUUCAACUCUUGUUUUAUAGAGGUGUUUGCUUUAUUAGGGGAAGCAAUGAUUUUUGAGAUUUUAUUUUUAGUGGGUCAUUGCUUGGGGGCUGCUAAUUAUAGAUUUUCUCGUGUAAAUUAAAGAAACAAGUUUUCUACCAAAGGAAGGGUUUUAAGGAACAAGUUACCUUCUUAAACCAAGAGAUAAUAUGUUACGUAAAAAACAAAGACAAAAAUUGGUACUAGCUUAUAUUGUCUCUAAAGAUAUCAUAAAAUGUUUAAUAUUUGGAUUUCAAAAUUUGAGAUUCCUUUCAAUGUUUGAAACUUUGCUUUCCACUUAGAGCUGAUGAUCAUGAUUUGGGUAUCUGUGUAGUAAAAUGACUGAAUCUAUAUCCAAGAUGAUAUUUCAUUAUUAUUCAGAAGUUCUUAGGGAAUUCUUUUCUUGAAGAUCUUUUCUUUCUCCCUACCCACUACAAAAGGCAGAAGUUCAAGAGGUGUGAGAACCGAAUGGUACUGUUUGUACAAUGGGAUGAAUGUGAGAUAAUAGGCUGUUUCUAGCACUAAACGGUUAAAACAAAAAACAUUUUUACUCUUUAAUACUAAUAGAACUUACUGUAAACUUUAUAGUGCUAUCUUUUAAAAAUUUUUUAACAUUCAGAAAUCUUCAGUGCCUUUAAUAGGUAAAGUUAAAACUGUCAAACCUGGCUCUCCAACAUCUGGUCCCCUUUUCAAACUCAUCUUUCAUUAGUCCCGAAUUUCUGUGUUUCCCUUGGCGUAAUGCUUGUUCCUUUGAGUGUGUGAUGUGUAUUUAAACUUUGUUUCCCCUGCUGGCAGUGCCAUUCUCUACCCCCACCUGUCCAAAUUAGACCUGUCUUUCAAGGUCCUGCUCAAUAAAGCCUUUUUUCUUUACAUUGAACAGUCUUGUCUUCUUUCCCUAAAUGUUGCUAGUAUUUAUGGUUGUGUAUUUCUUUCAGUCACUUACUUGAUAAAAAUAGUGUUUAGGAUUAUCUCCAUAAAAUACUACAAGCUCUUUGCAUUUAUGAGCUUAUCUCUAACUUCCACUGUCCCCAGCAUGUUGCCUUGUGCAUUUUAAGUUACUUAAUAAAUAAUUGUUGGUCCAUUGUCAUGUAAUCCAAAUACCCAGUGACAGUAAAAUUCUCACUUAACGUUUUCUUUAUGGUUUAAUUUACUUCUUAUAAACUAGGAAAAAGUACUUUAAAAUGCAACCAGGAGCUUUAUAACUACAUGUGGCUUUGCCUUCCAUUUUUCUUUUUCCACAUGUGAUUUUCAUGAAUUAAUCUCUAAUGGCCUCUCUCUGCUUUAUGUUGGGGGCAUUUUCAGUUCAUGAUUCAGCUUCAGCUGUCAUCAGGGAGCUGGCUUCAUGAUCCUUCUUGACUUUGCCCGCCAUCAGCACCCUGAUGUAUUUCUGGCUGAUGUUUUUCUCUGCAUGGGUGUGUUUACUUCUCCAUGCCUAGGAGCUUUCUCCAUCUCAUUGUAAGCACUGAGAUUUGCACUCUCCUACCACCUGACAAUUGGCAAAACACUCUGGGAAGCUUCUGCUUUCCAGCCAUGAAAGGAAAUGUGCAUGUGCAGAAGGCCCACUCUUUGACCUACUGUCCAAGGUUCUGAGUGCACGGGCUGAUUGCCAGAUACUAGGGUAAUAUGGAAAUAUUGAGGCACCAAAAUGCUCUCCAUUCACGGCUAGAGACAUUUAAAGUGAUAUCUGAUAUUUUUGGUAUGAAAAUCCCAUUCUUCAUAUUACAUGGGGAAAGUCAAAAAACAAAGAACCUCUAAGUGUCCCUCUUUGGGUAUUAAAAACUGGUUGACAAUAAGAGCAUCAUGACUUGUUGCCUAAUAUGUUUUCAGUGUCAUGUGUCACUGAGGGUAGGGGCUUAGGAAUGCAAUUUGAAAAGGCAGUGAUUGGUAUUUUCUUGGCAGAAAGAUCAUGUAUGCCUUAUAUCACAGCCAUUAUAGAGGGAAAGAUUGUCACGAGCUUGGGUAAAAUGAACUACCAGACUCUUCUGUUACACUGUGUGGAAGAGAGUCUGACAGAGCCAAGGGGCCUAAAGGAAGUGAUUUAAGAUAGCACUUGUUUUUUCAAAUCAUUUCCACCUCUUUUUAUUUUAUUUAUUUAUUUUUUUGGUGAGGAAGAUUCGCCCUGAGCUAA